CAACUCAUUCUGGAGUUUGACUGGAAUUAUUACCAUUGCACAAAACUAUAAAAGCGUGGCGUGGCGUGGAUUAUUACCAUUUCAACACAUUUCUUAUCGUCCUCUAUAUUCGAUCCUUGCACGGAACUCAAAAAAGAUCUGUCCGAGAAAAUGGCGAAAAUUGCAAGUUUUUGUUUGGCAUUUGUUGUGAUCAUUUCGCUGAUUGAGACAUCCUCUGGAGCCGUCAACAUUAUUGACAUUUAUAGAAAUGUAGUUUUUGACUACGCCGUGAUGAAGAACCCGAAGCCCGUGGUGGUCUUUUACUACUCGUCCAGCUCCUGUGGUGCAUGCAAGUGGUCCAUCAAGCCGAUGUUGGAGCGGAUGGCGAAGCGGAAGAACGACAAGAUUUACCUGGCACUCGUCGACUUUGACAAGGUUCCAGACUUGCAGAGCAGCCACGGCAUCCACGAGAUCCCCACAACACGAGUCUUGUACAAGGGUGAGGUCAUGGACGAGGUGGCAGGUCUCUCCUGGUCCCAACUCGUCCCCCUCGUCAACCACGCUUCCAAAAUAGCGGUUUAAUUAACAAUUCUACCGCACAAACAAAUGCAUGUGUCCAUGCCUGAAAAAAUUAUUUUUUUCACACACGGGCACAUGAGUGGGGGUUCAAAUUAUACACUAGAUUUUUUAAGAAAUAAAGCAAUAAACACAUGUAUAAAUAAGUAUGACCAAGAA